AUGGCAUCCCAGGAUCAGAGACAGAGCUACAGAGCUGGUGAGGCCAAGGGCCAAGCUCAGGAGAAAACUAACCAGGUGAUGGGCACAGUGGGGAACAAGGCACAAGAAGAACGGAACAAGGCCUAUGACACAACCCAAGCAACAAGGGACAAGACAUACGAGACAGCCCAGUCAGCCAAGGACAGAACACAGGCCUCUAUGAACCAGGUGAAAGACAAGACCGCUGAGAAGGCGGAGCAAGCAAAAGAGAAGGCCUGGGAUACCAAGGAGACGGCCAAGCAGAAAGCAGAAGAGGCAGCCCAGAAGACCAAAGAGACCUCCCAGUACGGCAAUGAGAAAGCCUCAGGGAUCAUGCAGCAGACUGGAGAGCAGAUGAAGCACAUGGCGCAAGGUGCCGCUGAUGCUGUGAAAGGCACUUUUGGGUUGGGCAAGAAUGAUGAUAAGGAAGAGGACACUGGUGUUUAUUAUAACAAGGACUCCACCACCGGCACUACCGGUGGCACCACCAAAAGAUCUUAUUAG